AUGAAAAUCUUCUGCAUAUUUAUACUCAUAAACUUUCUCUUCAUAAUUAACUUGUUGGCACCAUGUAUGUGCUCAGAGAAUGUGGUAAAGAAGAAAGUCCUAGAUAUGUUCAACACAGUCAACGACAGAUUGAAUAGCUAUGAUAAGAAAAAGAAGAACGCAAUAAUGGCAGGCGCUGCAACCACAGCAAUUGCCCUCAUAUCAACUUUAAUUGGAGGUGUGUACUUGUUUAAACCCAAACGUAAAAACGAAUUGGAAGAUCCCGCAACGGUUGCAUUCGUCGUCAACCUUUUACUUGAUACUGCAGAUGGGGGAGUUGUUCAAUCAGAAAAGGGGUACAUCAUGGGAAAGGACAUUACUAAAUCAUUUCCAAGUGAGAAGGCGUUACGAGAGUAUAUAGCGAAGAACGUAAAGGAUAGUGGUUCGGACAAGGCCAGCUCCGAGAAGAAGGACCUUCUGAACUCGAUUCUGCACAUCAACGUGAAUAUUAAGCAGCCCGCUGGUGACACUCAAACGUGA